AAUUCGUAUUGGUCGUUGCGGUUCUCGAGAAUAUAUUAAUUUGUAGAACGCGCAAAUCAAACUGUAAAACGGAAAGCAAAAAUGUCGAAUACACACUAAAAUCCAAACGCAAUUUCAUCAAUGCAGUGUCCGUGUUUUCAUCAUCUUAAUAUGUUGUGUGUGCAUACGUAGUAUGUCGUUGUACAAGCAAUUGAAUGAAAAGUGAAUUUUGUUUUGCAUGGCGUGCGUCAGUCUGCAAGCGAGUUCGAGUCACGUAGCAUAAAAGAAGCAAGCCAGAGAAAGAAAAAACGUAAAAAACGAGUGUUACAUGUGGGUAUAGAAGAGAGAAUCGGAAUCUGAUAUGAAAGCAAUGAAGGAGAUACCGCGCGAAUAAAACACAAAUCGCGACACAAUUAUAACAAAACACGAGUAUACAGGAAAAAGUGCAUGAAAAAGCCGGAACGGAAGGCAGCUCAACGAACGACUCAAAUGAAUGGGCCUAAACACUCGUACGCUGCCAAAAUACAUACAUACAUACUACCUACAUACACAUACAUGUGUAUGUAUACACACAUGCAUACAAAACACCACACGCAUACAUUUACGCCGCCAGCACCACAACCACCAUUGCAACUACCUAAGACGCAACAACUUCGUGCAUAUAACUGAACUUCAAUUUUAAAGCCGAAACCUUAGCUUAGCCGAAGAACUACACGACAGCAACAACAACAACACGAAGAAGCGCAGCAUUUUAUUAUUGUGCGCAGCGACAACAAGCAACAUAAAUAAUUCCAUUUAUUGCUACUACAAGUAGCAGAAGCAACAGCAACAACCAACAACAGCACCAGGCAAAUUAAAUACUAAGAUAUUAAAAUACUACAAAUACAAAAGGAUAAUUUGUAAGACUAGUUAGUAAUUAAAACUAAGAAUCGACAUGUGGAAUUCCGAACCAACACGCCAGCAGCACCAACCACACAAUGGCAAUACUACCUCGGGCGGCGCGCAGCCAGCCAAACAAUUGGGCAUGACAUCGGCCAUUAGCUUGGCAGAACCGCGACCAGAAGAUCUGCUGCGUACGGAGGAGCUGAGCAAAUCGCUGGAGCCAUACAAGGUGUUUGAGAGCCAGGAUGAGCUUAAUCAUCGCAUGGAAAUCCUGGCCAAAUUGAAUACACUGGUCAAGCAGUGGGUCAAAGAUAUAUCCGUUAGCAAGAACAUGCCCGAGGCAGCAGCCGAGAAGCUGGGCGGCAAAAUCUAUACAUUUGGGUCGUAUCGACUGGGUGUGCAUCAUAAGGGUGCUGAUAUUGAUGCCCUCUGUGUGGCACCGCGCAACAUUGAGCGCACCGAUUACUUCCAAAGCUUCUUUGAGGUGCUGAAGAAACAGCCCGAGGUCACCGAAUGCCGUUCGGUUGAGGAGGCCUUUGUGCCGGUCAUUAAAAUGAACUUUGAUGGCAUCGAGAUCGAUUUACUAUUUGCACGUUUAUCGCUCAAAGAAAUACCCGAUGACUUUGAUCUGCGCGACGAUAAUCUGCUCAAGAAUCUUGAUCCUCGUUCGGUGCGCAGUCUUAACGGCUGCCGUGUCACUGACGAGAUUCUCGCUUUGGUGCCCAAUAUUGAAAACUUUCGUCUAGCAUUACGCACCAUCAAAUUAUGGGCCAAGAAGCAUGGCAUCUAUUCCAACUCCUUGGGCUAUUUCGGCGGUGUGACCUGGGCAAUGCUAGUGGCACGUACCUGCCAGCUUUAUCCAAAUGCUGCAGCUGCUACCUUGGUGCACAAGUUCUUUUUGGUAUUCUCGCGCUGGAAGUGGCCCAACCCCGUCUUGCUAAAGCAUCCCGAUAACGUCAACCUGCGUUUCCAGGUUUGGGAUCCACGUGUCAACGCUUCGGAUCGUUAUCAUUUGAUGCCAAUUAUAACACCCGCAUAUCCACAGCAAAACUCCACAUUCAAUGUGUCCGAGUCUACGAAGAAGGUCAUAUUGACCGAAUUUAACCGUGGCAUGAGCAUCACGGAUGAAAUCAUGCUGGGACGCGUCAGCUGGGAUCGUCUUUUCGAGGCGCCCAGCUUCUUCUACAGAUAUCGUCACUUUAUUGUGCUGCUUGUUAACUCACAAACAGCCGAUGAUCAUUUGGAGUGGUGCGGUCUCGUUGAGUCCAAGGUGCGCCUGCUCAUUGGCAAUCUUGAGCGCAAUCCUCACAUUGCACUUGCCCAUGUCAAUCCAAAAAGUUUCGAGCUAAAGAAAGGCGUUGGCGGUAACAAUUCACAAAACAACAGCGGCAACGAAGACGAACUGAAGCAACAGCAGCAGCAGCCAUCUCACGCCGCAAUCACAACUUCACCAUUCUGUUCACUUUGGUUCAUUGGGCUCGAAUUCGAGCGUUCCGAGAACCUCAACAUUGACCUCACCGAGAGCAUACAAAACUUCACCGAGCAUGUCAUCAUGCAUGGCGUCAACAUCAAAAUGCUGAAGGAGGGCAUGGCUAUCGAUGCGCGCCAUGUCAAGCGCAAACAACUAUCGCUCUAUCUUGAUUCAGACUUCCUCAAACGUGAGCGCAAGUCGAUGGAGAGUCACAACACUUUUAACAACACUCUAAUGGCCAAUCGCAAGCGCCUCUCCACAGAGCUAGCACAGUCACAAGAACCGUCACCCACAGGCCAAGCUACUGGCGGCAAUCAUCGUGGACGUGAAAGCGGUGCCAAAGUGCAUCGACUUAGCGAGUCGUUAACUGAGGACAAUUCAAAUGCCUCCAGCGAUAUGGGCGGUACAACACCAAACACUCCAACAGCAGCGCAAAUGAAUGCGCCCAGCUUCAAAGCAACUGGUAAAAAUGGUGCUGAUAGCAGCAGCUGCAUGGAUACAACAGAUCAGGCAGGGAUUCAAAAUAAUGGUAGCAACAACAAUAGCGGCGGCGGCAGUAGCAGCAGCAGCAACAACAACAGUGCUACUAGUAACAAUAACAAUAACAAAAAUACAACCACAGCCGAGGUGGCAUGCUCGUGACAACCGCCAAUGCCACAAGCAGCACAGCAUCAGCAUACGCCACAGCCACAGUCACAACAGCAGCCAGCGCCGCCACCGCAGUCAUCGUCGUCUUCACACCAUCAUCAUCAUAAGUUUCGCAAGAACAACAAUGCGGCUGCAGCGGCUGCGUCUAAUAGCAUUUUCAACCAGCGUUCAAUACUGCAUGCAACUUCGAGUCUAUCGGCUGCUUUAAGCAUAACGGGACAUAAGCGCAAGCAAGCAUCAACCACAACAGCAGCAACAGUGACGGCAACAACAACAGCAGUAGCAGCGGCAACAUUUGCUGCUUCUAACAGCAAUAAAAAUGGCAACAGUGGCAGCAACGUUGGCGGUGGCGGCAACAAUGCAAAUUUAUGCUAUUACAUUGAUGACGACGAUGACAACAACCAACAGAAUCAACAACAGCAACAACCACCUACACAAAAAACACAGAAACAGCAACUUCAGCAACAACAACAGCAACCGCAUGUCGUUGCCAGAACUAAUAUGCCAUCUGCAACAACAUCGGCAGCAACAGCAGCCGCAGCAGCGGCACCGACAAUUUCUUUGUAAAAAGCUUUUACAUCUACCAUUAAGGAGUAGUUUUCAUAGUUAACCUACACAUUGAUUUCCUUUGGCAUUGAUGCCCCUACUGAAUGGAAUCCCAAAUAUUUUAUACAAAACGGUUUCCAUUUUAAGCCUGGAGAAUAUUGUUUUAUUUUUAAUCUUUCUUCAACCAAUCUGCGUUCAAACGCAAAAAAAUAUACCAUAGAUAGAGGACAACAAUAACGACAACAACAAACAAACAAAAGCGAUUCACAACUUUAUGAUCGUCAGAAGAAAGCAUUUCGCUAACAUUUGUCUUAAUGUUUUCUCCCCAAUAAUAUUGUUGUACAUCUUUUUUACUUCCCACAGCUGGUAUGAGAAGAGUGGCGUAAAAGAAUGGGAGAAAGAGAGGAAGUAUAAGAAGAAAGUGUAACGGUGAGAGCGCUGAUAGCAGCAGAACAACAAAAUGAAAGAAACAAUUGAAUUAAAACUAUGACACGAAGAAUAUCUACUUAUGAAUUUUAGAAUCUAUUUCUAUCUUUCUUUUAAUUUCAUAUUGUUUUCAAUAUUUGUUUUCUUCUUCUUCUAGUUGUACCCUGAAAAUUUGAAACAAUUAUGUUCGUUUUUCUAAGAAAAGAUAACUGAAAAAAGGUAAUAACAAAAAAUAUAUAAUUG